AAAACGGAAAGAAGAGAAAGCAGGAAGCGCUGUGAGGCAUGACGUUCAACCACAACAUGCCUGCAGUGCAGUGCCGUCACUGACUGUGUGACAUGGAGAGUCUCCGGGUGCUGGAGCUUUACAGUGGGAUAGGGGGGAUGCAUUACGCUGUACAGGAGAGUGGCAUACCUGUCCAGGUAGUGGCUGCCAUUGAUAUAAACACAACAGCUAAUGAAAUCUACAAGCACAAUUUCCCCGACACCCCCCUCUGGAACAAGACCAUUGAGGGCAUAACACUCAGUGACUUCAAUAAAUUAUCUUUUGACAUGAUUUUGAUGAGCCCUCCUUGCCAGCCUUUUACCAGGAUAGGACUUCAGCGUGACAUUGCUGACCCCAGAACAAAGAGCCUUCUCCACAUUCUUGAUCUUCUGCCAAGGCUGAGCAGGCUGCCCCGCUUCAUACUGCUGGAGAAUGUGAAAGGCUUUGAAAAUUCCUCUGCCAGGGAACAUUUGGUGAAAACACUGAUGGAAUGUGGAUACACUAUUCAGGAGUUCAUGGUCUCACCCACAAGUUUUGGGAUCCCAAAUUCAAGACUGCGUUACUACCUGAUUGCGAAGAGAUCAACGGAAAAGAUUUCAGAUGCCUCUCCACAUCCUGCUGAUUGUGAUUCCCUUGAGGAGCCCUCAGUCUCGAGUCCUCCCGGACCAGUAACCUGUCUGCCAGAAGAGGAAAUGCAUGGGGAUGAAGCUAUGUAUAAACUAGAGACAGCAAAGGAUGCCCAGAGGAAAAUAAAUCAGAACAAUGACCUGUCUGUCAGACAGAUCCAAGACUUCAUGGAACCACAGAUGGAAGUAAACAUGGAGCAUUAUCUCCUUCCUCCUAAAACACUGCUGCGAUAUGCUAUGCUCCUGGACAUUGUUAGGCCCACAUGCAGGAGGUCUGUCUGCUUUACCAAAGGCUAUGGGCGGUACGUCGAGGGAACUGGCUCAGUGCUGCAGUGCUGCAUGGAGAUAGAGAUGGAGAGUGUGUUUAGGGGUCUGGACCAGUGCUGUGAGGAGGAGAAGCUCCAGAGGCUGCUGAAACUAAAGCUCCGUUAUUUUACUCCUAGAGAAGUUGCCAACCUGAUGGGUUUUCCAACGAGCUUCUCCUUUCCAGAGCAUAUACCUACCAAGCAUCAGUACAAAGUUCUAGGCAACAGCCUCAAUGUUGUGGUGGUGGCCAAACUCAUACAACAGCUGGUUUCCUAGUAUUUCCUGGACACACUGGAGGAGACACCAUAUAUUUGUCAUUGUAGAUUAUGUUACAGUGGGCUCUUUGACCAAUGGCUUUCUUUUAAAAUGUAGUCUGGUUUUUCUCUGGCUGUUAGAGGAGAAGUUGAUUUCGUAUGUUACUUUAAACAGUAGCAUCUCUUUUGGCUGAGCUUGAAUUACAUUUUUUUAUGAAUACAACAUUUGGUUUUCUUCUCAAAAUAAACAACUUUAAAAGAA